UUGGUCUUUAUCAGUGGUCAGGCCUACCUGGGUGCAACAAGUACUCAAGAGCCAUGAAGAUGAUGUUUAUCUAUCUCAAGUAUUAGAAGAAAAGCUUUUGGAUCCUAGUUCUCAUCCGGAUUUUGAAAAUAUUGAUGGUGUUCUGAGGUACCAGGGGAGGGUAACUAUUGACAGCUCUACGGAACUUAGAUACACCAUUUUCAGGGAACUACAUACAUAUGCUAUAGGGGGACACUCAGGAAUACAGGGCACUUACAUGAGGAUACGGAGAGUCUUUUACUGGCCAAAAAUGAAAGCGAACAUCACCAAGUGGGUCAAGAAGUGUGAGACAUGUGCCCGAACUAAAUCAUAAGGAGGUCCUUACCCAGGGUCGCUGCAACCACUGCCCAUACCUGACCAAGCAUGGAGCCACAUCAGCAUGGAUUUUAUAGAAGGGUUACCUAAAUCACAUGGUAAGGAUUUCAUCCUAGUGGUAGUAGACAUGUUGACUAAAUAUGGGCAUUUUCUGCACUUAUCACACCCCUACACUGCUGCCACGGUAGCUAUAGUGUUUCUAGACAGUGUUUUCAAAUUGCAUGGCCAACCCAUAGAUAUACUAACUGAUAGAGACGCGGUGUUCCUAAGUGGGUUUUGGAAAGAGUUGUUCAAACUCAUGGGAACACAUUUGAGCUAUACAUCUUCCUAUCACCCCUGAUGGGCAAACAGAGAGGUUGAAUCAGUGUUUAGAAGCAUACCUUAGAGCUAUGGCCCACCAAAAUCCCAAACAGUGGGUUCAAUGGAUAUCUUUGGCAGAAUACUGGUAUAACACCAAUUACCAUUCCAGCAUUAAGACUACUCCAUUUGAAGCCCUAUAUGGGUAUCUUACCCCAACAUUAUUCCUAUGAACUCAAUCUGGCUUCUCAAACACUGAUGCUAAGGAGCUAAUAACUCAAAGACAGAGGAUGUAGAAAGAAUUAAAAGAGAACCUUAAGUUAGCACAAGAAAGGAUGAAACACUAUGCUGACAAUAAGAGAUGUGACAGGGAGUUUGAGGUGGGUGAUUUUGUAUAUGUGAAACUACAACCUUACAGGCAACAUUCAAUUCAAUUAAGAAAAAAUCACAAGUUAGCUGCUAGAUAUUUUGGGCCGUAUGCCAUUGUGGAAAGGGUGGGAAAGGUGGCUUAUAAACUAGAUUUAACUGCGGAUGAAAAAAUACACCCGGUGUUUCAUGUGUCACUGCUGAAGCGUUGCAUUAGCCCUAGGGCGGAAGUGGUAGCUAAUCUCCCUCCCGUUGACAAUGACGGUUGCUUUUCUGUUAUUCCGUUGGCCAUCCAAGAGUCCCGCACAGAAGCCACAGGUCCUGCUCGUGUCUUCCUUCUGUUUUCUCUUAAACAAGGGGCAAGAGGCUGUGGAAGGAUGGGUAUCUCGUUAUAAACUUAAGAAGAUGUUUCCCCAACUGAUCCUUGAGGACAAGGAUCGCAAAAACGGGGGAGGUAAUGUCAUGACCUCCGCUGAAACGGCAGAAGGAAAAGAAGGGACCGGUUCAUUCAAAUGCUCCCUGGGCGGUAAAGAGGCUGAAGAGGAAGUUAAGGGGCAGGAAAUGAAAGAGCAAGUGGGCUGGAUAUAAUUUAUUAUGCUAGACAAUAUGAAUGUCAUUAAACCCAAGUUAUGUUAUAUGGGUUAUUACUAAAUUUAGAAGAAGAGAAAUAUAUAUAAAUGUAUUGUCCAUUUACAUCGCGGGAUAAGAAAUAACAAUCAACUAUUUCCUCUUUCUUCUUCUCCAAGUCUCUCCCUAUUGCAUUCUCUCUGGUCUUUCUUAUCUACGAUCAUUUAGUUUUCUUCUCUCCGGCAGGAAGAUCAUUACAAAAUGACUCUCAUUAAUGAGCCAUGACCACCUCCAGCCCCUCCCUGUCUCCACCCCUAGUGGGGAGGAGCCAAAGAAAGAAGUUUCUAAGAGGAGGAAGAUAUGGGAGACUCAAACAGAGGAGCAAGUGGAGGACACCAUGGCUUUGGACGGAGCAAAAAAUAGGGAGGAGGCAGGCUUUGCUCCAUAAGCCCGUCGAAGAUGUAGGUUGCAGGAUGGAGGUCACUCGCCAGAGGGAUUCUUCAGGUGUUAUGGCUGCGUCAGGAGUGUUUUUUAUUUUACUUUGUUUGCUACUUCAAUAAUUGUUUCUUUUAUUUUGAUGUUUGUUUCUUUGUUUACGUUCCACUUUGUAAGACGUUGAUUUUGGAUAUGGGAAUGAGGGGAGUAUGGCGACCGUUUUUGGCUUUGUGUUUCCCAAUAAUGGAUUAGCGAAUUGUAUUGCUGUGACGAUUAAUUCCGAGUCUGGUUCGAAUGAUAACGAUUGUCAGAUUGUUUUUGGUAUUUUGACCCAUACUCUGAAA